UGCCGAGAUUCCCGCUGACGCCCCCGAGCCCGCCGCCGCCUCCUUCGCUGGUUCCGGAGGCGCCCGACGUCCCAACUGCUCCUGCAGUGCGAGUCCCGAAAGGCGACUGGACCCCUGAGGCCCCGCGCUCAGGACAGACCUUCAGAAGUACUCGUGGACAACUGUAUAUAGAGAAUACAUGUAAGGAAUCGACAACUAUUCUUAUUUGUCAGUAAGAAUAUUCAACUCUUCUGGAUUUGCAGUGAAACCAACUUCUGAGAUUACUUCUCUAAGCGAGAUCUGUGGAAGAGAUUAAUUCCUGGGUCAAAAGAACAACAGACUGAGCUAUGAUAGCAACCGGUGGAGUGAUAACUGGCCUGGCCGCCUUGAAAAGGCAAGACUCUGCCAGAUCACAGCAUCACGUCAACCUCAGCCCAUCACCUACUGCCCAAGAGAAGAAACCAGUCAGGCGUCGGCCACAGGCCGAUGUUGUAGUCGUUCGAGGCAAAAUCCGGCUUUAUUCCCCAUCUGGUUUUUUUCUCAUUCUGGGAGUGCUUAUCUCCAUUGUAGGAAUCGCAAUGGCGGUCCUUGGCUAUUGGCCCCAGAAAGAACAUUUUAUUGAUGCUGAGACGACACUGUCGACUAAUGAAACUCAGGUCAUUCGGAACCAAGGCGGUGUGGUGGUUCGCUUCUUUGAGCAACAUUUGCAUUCUGACAAAAUGAAAAUGCUCGGCCCUUUCACAAUGGGGAUUGGCAUCUUCAUUUUCAUUUGUGCAAAUGCCAUUCUUCACGAGAACCGUGACAAAGAAACCAAAAUCAUACACAUGAGGGAUAUCUAUUCCACAGUCAUCGACAUCCACACGCUAAGAAUCAAGGAGCAAAAGCAUAUGAAUGGCAUCUACACCGGUUUGAUGGGAGAAACAGAAGUAAAACAGAAUGGAAGCUCCUGUGCCUCGAGGCUGGCAGCAAAUACCAUUGCCCCUUUCUCAGGUUUUAGGAGCAGUUUUCGCAUGGACAGCUCUGUCGAGGAGGAUGAGCUGGCGCUAAACGAAAAUAAGAGUUUGGGGCAUCUUAUGCCACCUUUGCUUGCUGACAGCUCUCUGUCUGUCUUUGGCCUCUAUCCACCUCCUUCCAAAACCACUGAUGAUAAGACCAGCGGCCCUAAGAAAUGUGAAACCAAAUCAAUUGUGUCAUCGUCCAUCAGCGCUUUUACAUUGCCUGUGAUCAAACUGAAUAACUGUGUUAUUGAUGAGCCCAGUAUAGAUAACAUCACCGAGGAUGCUGAGAACCUCAAAAGUAGGUCAAGGAAUUUGUCGAUGGAUUCCCUUGUGGUCCCUUUGCCCAACGCCAAUGAGUCCUUCCAGCCAGUCAGCAUGGUGCUUCCCAGGAAUCAUUCCAUUGGGGAGUCUCUGUCGAGCCAGUACAAGUCCUCUGUGGCCCUUGGGCCUGGGGCUGGACAGCUCUUAUCUCCUGGGGCUGCUAGAAGACAAUUUGGGUCCAACACAUCUUUACAUUUGCUCUCGUCACAUUCAAAAUCCUUAGACUUAGACCGGGGUCCCUCCACCCUAACUGUCCAGGCAGAACAACGAAAACACCCAAGUUGGCCUCGGUUGGAUCGGAGCAACAGCAAAGGAUAUAUGAAACUAGAGAAUAAAGAGGACCCGAUGGAGAGGCUGCUUGUACCCCAAGCUGCAAUCAAAAAAGACUUUACCAAUAAGGAGAAGCUUCUUAUGAUUUCAAGGUCUCACAAUAAUUUGAGUUUUGAACAUGAUGAGUUUUUGAGUAACAACCUAAAGCGGGGAACUUCUGAAACGAGAUUUUAAUGUUCAGAAAUAUAUCAUUUUACAAGGCUACAUAUUUUAAAACAAUUUUCACCAGUGUUUCCUUGUUAAAGUAUUGGUUAAAAGCCCUUUUAAUCAAAUGAUGUGUAGUGUUAGAUCUGGCUGUUUAUACUGGAGAAGGUUAUAUGUUUGGGUUACAUAUGAUUGCAGCACUUUAUAUUAUCACAAAUGAUUUUACAUUUUCCAUUCCUUUGAAAAGAUUAUCUCUUUUAUUAAUAUGAAUACAGAACACUUCCAUCUGAAUUAAAGCUCGCAUUCCUUACUUUCAAGUUCUUUCACUGAUGGUCAUAUACAUAGAAUGAAGUGUCCAGUUUGGAAGAGGUAAGGUACCAAAGUGUGGACUAGAAGUACCAAAUUUAGGGCCAAGAUUCAAUAUAUACUUCUAAAUGAGCAUGAGUGAAAAUCUUAGAUGUGAUUUUCUAAAUAAUUGCUUUUUUACAAAAUUGGUUAAAUUAUCUAAUAGGAAAAAGAUCUGGUUUCUGGGCGAGCUAAAUAAUGUGAAUUCGUGAAAUUGGUUUAGUUCUACUUGAGAUAAUUGAUAGGAAUUAAGUUGGUUGUGAUCAGUACCCUGAGCUCUAGGUAGGUAGUAUUUUUUUCAGCAUUAGUUCUAUUUUAGUGAUAUUUUAUCAAGAAACCAUGUAUUCAAGCACCAUGGCUGAGAAUGCCAGGGAUUUGUAGGGGUAAAUAUCAAAAUGCUAAUAGCUAUAACUUUAGAUAUUCAGAAUCAAAAUUUCUUUGCAACUAACUUGAAAAAGGAAUGAACCAAUUAGUUUGUAGACAUGCUAUCUUGAAAUAAUUAUAUACAUGAAGAAAAUGUUGACAAAUCAACAAAAAUACACUAUGGGUUAGUUAAUGCUAACUAGUCUCAGUACCUUUCCUAGCCAUCUCUUUUAUUAUCCAACAUCCACUCAUCCCCAAAUCCUCACUUCCCCUCAAUAUUUUUUAGAUCCUGUUAUCUGGAAAAUAAUCAGCUAACCCUGACAUUUCUUUUUUAUCUUUGCCUCUCACUCGCUUGGUGAUUCAAGAAAAUUUAGUCCUUGAAAAAUUGCUUUGAAAUUUACCUUAUGCAGGAAAGCCUUAUGAUGACCCCAAAGAUUUUCUUAUGAUGUAAGGCCUUUUGGGGAUUUUGGUUCUCAGUUAUUGAAGAUAAUAAAUACUAAAAUGGAUGUUUCCAUUAGAAAAUGUUUGUUUUCCAUUAAGGUAACAUGUGACUUUAAGAAUUGUUUAAUGGAAUACUCAGGAAAUUUUACAGGUUUUUCCCAAUGCCUAAAUGUUUCUGAGCAUCAGUAUUGCAGCUGUUGUGGAAGCGGAGAAAGAGUAUACAUUUCUGUUCGUAGCUCCCCGCGAUUCCAGCUUGUGUUGGCGUCACGGGCUUCCCUGAUUUGAGUCCGUGUUACUUGUUAGAACACCAAGCUUGUGUAUUGUAAUAGAGUGGGCUCAAUAUUUUAUUAUCAAGCAUUUAAUAAAUUUCUGUUCUUAAUAGAAAUUUGUGUUCUUCCUACAUUUGCUAUUGCUUUUUAAAUAAAAUGUACAAUUCUGUUUAAAAUACUGUUUUUUGCACUUUCAAAAUAUCUUCCACUGAAGGCACCUGAUACUUUAGUAUAUGUAUCGGGUUCCGUGGCUUUAUUUUGCUUCCAUUAGAUUAAAGCGCUAGUCUAUCCACCUAUUGAAUUAGGCCAUUUUCAUAUUUAUUCUCUUCAUGUGAUGAUUGAUGUUUUGAGUCAACUUGACUAUACUGAGGGAUGCCCAGAUUUCUAGGUGCGUUUGUGAGGGUAUUUUCAGAAAUUCUCAUUUCAAUCGGUCAACUGAGGAAAGACCACCAGUGCAGGUGGACAUUACCUACUCUGUUGAGGAAUUGAAUAAAACAAAAAGAGAAAGAGCAAAUCUGUUCUCUGGGCUUGAGCUGGGACAUCUGUCUUCUCCUGACCUCAGACAUUGGCACUCCUGCUCCUUGGACCUUGGGACUUAGACGGAGGUUUAUACCGUUAUCUCCUCUGGUUCAUAGGCCUUCAGUUUGGACUGGAACUACACCAUCAGAUCUCCUGGGCCUCUGUAGUUUGAAGAUGGCAGAUUGUGGGAUUUCUUGCCCUCCACAAUUAUGUGAGCUUAUGCUUCAUAAUAAACCUCACUAUAUAUAUCUCUA